CCAUUUUCCGCCACCCCCAGCGACGCUCGCCCAGCUCCUUGCACUCUCAUCGUCCCAUCCAACGCGGAAACUCAGCUCCAGCCUCCAGAUGCUCGAGCCUCGGCUGUUUCGACGGCGUUGCGCCCAAUCCGUCCUGUGCCUGAAUCCACCGGAAGUGCGCACCCUUCUAAUCAACGGAUUUGGAUGACAGCAUCUCGUCAAUAGUUCGGCUAAUUCUAGAUUUCUGCUCUGUAUAACAACAUCUCCCUCGACCAGUUCCCCGGACAGAGACUGCAAUGAGAAUUAUACCCCGGAUUUCGACAUUUUGAACGAGUGAUUGGGUUGCUGGGUGACGCCUGAGCACAGACAAGAGACAGACACAACACAAGACAGACCAACAGACAAGAUGGGCAGUGCUGAACAAGAUGUCGAGCUCCAAGACUUCGGGAGCAUCUUCAGUCUCGAGGGCAAGGUCGCUGUCGUGAGCGGCGGUUCACGAGGACUGGGCCUGAACGUCGCCUCUGGAUUCAUGCAAGCUGGCUGCUCCAAGGUCUACAUCACCUCCCGCAAGGCCAAAGCAUGUGAAGAAGCCGUCGCGGCCCUCAACGCCCUCCCCAACAAACGACCCGGCGCCGUCGCCAUCUCCGUCCCCGCCGACUCGUCCAAAAUCUCAGAGAUUGAACGUUUGGCCGCCGAGGUCGCAAAGACGACCGACCACGUCGACAUCCUGUUCGCAAACGCCGGCGCAAGUUGGGGGGCACCCUUUGAAACACACCCGGAAAACGCUUUCAGCAAGGUCAUGGAUCUUAAUGUCAAGAGCGUCUUCUACACCGUCCAGAAAUUCGCCCCGCUCCUCCAGAAGCGGGCGAGCACAGAGAACCCCAGCAGAGUCAUUGUGACUGCCAGCGUCGCUGGUAUCGGCGUUGGUUCACUCGGCGAAAAUGCGACUUUCUCAUACUCCGCGUCGAAGGCCGCGGUGAUUCAUUUGGCCAAGAACCUCGCCGUCGAGCUUGGCCCGCGAGGAAUCAUCACCAACGCUGUGGCUCCGGGUUUUUACCCGACCAAGAUGGCUUCGGGGUUGAUGGAAUUGCAAGGUGGGCAGGCCGCGUUGGCUGCCGAAGUCCCAAACAAGAGGCUUGGGCGUCCUGAGGAUAUUGCAGGGUUGGUGGUCUUUUUGAGCAGCCGAGCAUCCUCACACAUCAACGGUGCCGUCAUCACGACCGACGGUGGCGCUGUACUCUCACGGGGCAAGCUAUAGAGGGAAAACAACAACGAGUGUAUAGAACAGGUUCUUUGCGCAUUUCUUUUUUGAUGCCAAUUUUUGCAGGCGCCAGUGCACAAUCAUCGCUUCACGGGCGUCAGUCUGAUCUUAAGCGGCUGAAGCAUCCAAAGAACCUGUUCUGGUGAUCAGCAGAAAGAAACAACACUGACCCCAAAACAGACAACUCACGUAGAACCUGGCAUCUUCCACCCAUGUAGGAUGAUCCCCAUCCAGCUCCAUAUCAAAAUGCCACAGCAACUUUGCAAUGACGAGC